AUGGUCGACGAGGCCUGCAAGGGCUUCGACUCCGAGCGCUUCGACCUGGAGCUCGCACACCGCGGCGAGGAGGCUCGCGGUGCCCCCUGUACGACGUGUCGCCGGGACUUCGAGCACGUGGCCACGGCGCAGGUGAGGCGUUCGGGCGCGCGCGCCGACAACGUGGCCGCAGCGGCAGCGCACUGGAAGUCGGCUCUCGUCCCCGAAGUCAGGGCAGUCUUGCCCCCAGGUUACAGCGGUCCGCUCCAAAGGGGGAUGGUGAAAGCACCUGGACACGCAGAUUGGGCCGUGUGCGACGACAUUGACCGCGGUUUCCCGAUGGCGGGACCCAUGCCCGUUCCCAUGUUCUUCGGCAGCGCGCGCGUUGGGCAGCUGCCCAGCGGUCUGGAUGUAGCGGAAGCGCUGCAGCACGCAUUCCAGGGCAGGGACCACGCGUUGAAAGAGCUCAUGAACAGACCAAGCCAGCAACGAGGGACGCAUGACAGCCUGCCCCGGACGCAGGAAGACGUUCAAUACCGCGGGGCAACCAUGUACAAUGUCCGGCCCAUCGUCAAUUCAACCGCGGGUGGCCUCAACCCUGCGGCCGCGGACAUCGAGGCCAUGCGGGGGGGCCACAAGAAGGCGUGCCGCCAGUGGCCCGUGCGCCCCCACGAGCGCAACUUGGUGGACGCACUGGAUCUUGAUCUAGGACAGUCCGGGUUCGGAAGCGUCGCGCUCUUCGGCCGCGCUGGCAGCUGGACUGAAGAUCUCGGGCGCGGCCUACGCUUGCGGCGCGCGAUCUUGACCAUGCCGUUGCAGUACUGCCAGGAUCAGGAUUGCAUGCGCGCGGAGGUGCGCGAUCGCGUGGGUCGGCGGCCUCUGGUUGACGCCAGCGGCGGCGCGCUCGGGGCCGCGCUGCCCAGCAGCAGAGGGCGCGGGUGCUUCCUGGCGGACGAGGGCGUGCGCGGGCGUUCGCCAGCCGCCCUCCUAUUCGGGGACAAGGGAGCCGACGGGCGCAGGGUGGCGAGGGCGGGCGGGCCGCUGAAUGGCGUGAGCGCGCUCGCGGAGCUGGCUCAGAGUGCGCGGCCGACGCCUUCGCGCGUGUGGGCGAUUGCGAAGGCCUUCGAACUCGGCAUGGGCGUGGAGAAGAUCCACGCCCUGACGCGGAUCGACCGCUGGUUCCUUUCGAAGUUGCUGCACAUCCACACUGUCAAGCACGCGCUGCAGGCCACCGACCUCUCCGGCCUCGCUGCAAGCCCGCAGCUGCUCCUGGAGGCCAAACGCUGCGGCUUCGCGGACCGCCAGAUCGCGCCCUUGCUGCGCUUCCAAGACGGCGCAGGUGCGCACGGCAAGUGGGACUACAGCGGAGCCGCCGCCGGGCUCGCGCUGGCCGCGGCCGCGCUCCUCGCGGCGCAGCUGUGCGGCUGGCGCCGAUGGUGGUCGCUGCCCGCCCCCGCCCGCGACGCGCCGGAGGCGCCCCCGGAGGGCGGCGCGGCUCGCGGCGGCGCGGGCCGCGUCGGCACGGGCCGCGGCGGCGAGGGUGGCGCCCGGACGCCGCCGAGUUCGCCCGCGCGGGCGGGCUCGGCGGCCGCCGCGCCGUCCGCGCGGGCGGGCUCGGCGGCCGCGGCGCCGCCGGCGGCCGCGGCGGCGUCCGAGGUGCAGGGACAGCUGAAGACUUCCGACGAUGUUCAAUGGCUGGAGGGUGGGGCCGGCAGCCCCGGCACAGGCGGCAGUCGGCAGCCCCGCGCCGCCUCGGACCAGCAGGCGAUCGAGAAGGACCAGCAAGUUCUUGUCGACGUGAAAAGCAUAGGAAGGACGAGUUCACGACAGCUGAAGCAGUCCUCUGUCCUCGCUGCUGGCCGUGGCACAGAGAAUGCCAUCGACUACAUUCGGGCGCUCAACCGCCAGAUCAAGUCGGCGCUUUCGAACCUGGCCGAGUGCGAAUCGUGGGCGAUCGCCCGCGACAGCGACCGCAAUGGUCUGGAGGCACGGCGCGGGCUGCGCAGAAUGUUCGACGCGCUGACGCGUGGGCCGGGGCAGGCCGAGCUGCAUUGUCACAAGGGGAAAGGCGUGUACACUUUCGACCUGAAGAUCAAUGCUCAGGAGGACAUCGACGCAGUCCCCGCGACGACGGUGAGUUCGACGUUUUUCAGGCGGCGGGACGACCACUGGCACGCCCGCUCGAAGCUCCAGCUGCAAGCCUUCCCGCGCCGGCGUUGGUACGGCGGGCGGUGCCGCGGCGGGCGCGCCCCGAGCGCCGCGAAAGGUGGCCCCGGGGGAGCUGGCGGGGUCGCGCUGGCCCAGGUGGUGCACUGGGCGGCUGGGCUGCGCAGGGCCGACGCGGCGCGGCUGCCAGAGCUGCUUGCGUGGGUGGGCAGGCUGCUCGAGGAGCCCUCGCCCUCGGACGACGGAGCCCUGGCGGCGUGCCUGUCAGCCGUGCCGCAGGAGGUGGCCAGCUCGUUGUGCCGCGUGCGCCACACCAAGCUAGCCCCUGAUCGUAGCAGCACGCGCGUCUCCGUGGGUGCCGCUUUCUGGGGAUCUUCGUCCCUCGCCCCGGGGAACGAGCUCGCCGGCCGCGCGGUGGAAUUGGCGUCGCGCGCCUGCGACCGGGAGCCGGCGAAGAGCCUGGACGUGCUCAACGUCGUCUUCAAGGAUCCCCGGUGGCGGGGCGAGCACGCCGCCCCCGCCGUGGUGGAGCUCGCCGUCAGGGAGCUGCGGCGCGCCGUCGGGGAGCUGCCUGGGCAGCGCGCCGCGGCGCAGCGCAGCGCGCGGCUGCUGCACUUCCUGGCGGAGGAGUCGAGGAGCCGGGCGCUGGUGGCCAGCGGCGGUGGGCCCGAGCUGGUGUUCGAGGUCCUCGACCAGCACGGCGGGGACCCUGGCGUGGCCCUGGGCUGCGUCGGCUGCCUUCUGUGUCUGGCCGCGGAGGGGCUGGACCUGCAGAAGGCGGUCGGGGCGGCGCUAGGCUGCAUGCGGCAGCACCCCACCAACGGCGAUUCGGAGGAAGCAGGGGCGACAUCAGCACCAGCGGACCACCUCCAGCGAGGAUGGGAAGACUUUUGGGAUGCGCAUAGACAACCCCCCCAGAUUGUCCAAGCUGGCAUCGACAGGCCGCCGAGCAGUCCCAGCUGGCCUCGACGAGCCCCCCGAGUAGUCUGGGGCAGUCUCAGCACCUCAAACCUGCGGUGCGGAACGCCCCAGGGACGCCGCCGGAGGCGGCCCCAGGGUGUUGAGGCCGCCCGGGACCACUCGGUGGGCCUGUUAAGGCCUGCUGGGGCCACUUUGGGGGCCCGUUGAGGCCAGCAGAGGCUACCUGGGUAGGCUGUCCGUGCCCAAAGCCAAGCCUAUUACGGACCCCAGACAACGCGGCAACUCCCCAAGGACCGGCUUUUCGUUUCGAG